UAAGAUGGCGGCCGCCGCUCGGAAGUGUCCCUGAGGCAACAUCCGGCGGGACCGGGGCGUUCGCAAUGGCCGCGACGCGACUGGAGCUGAACCUGAUGCGGUUGUUGAGCCGCUGCGAAGCGCUGGCAGCUGAGCGGCGGGACCCUGAGGAGUGGCGGCUGGAGAAGUAUGUGGCCGCUCUUGAGGACAUGCUCUGCGAGCUGAAGAAGCAGUCCAGCAAGCCUGCCCCAGAGCUGCUGAAUGAAUACUCUCGCAAAGUGGAGUUCCUAAAGGGGCUUUUAGAAGCUGAAAAAUUGUCUUCAUCAACAGAAAAGGCUCUGGCAAAUCAGUUCUUGGCCCCUGGACGUACCCCUACAACAACCAAAGAGAGAACCCCAGCUACUAAAACAGUUCACCUGCAGACAAAGGCUCGCUGCACGGGCAAGAUGAGGAGUGAGCUGCUUGGUACAGACCCUUUGGAUCCUUUGGCUAUCAGUGAUGCUGAGGAGCUAAAUAUAAGGAAACGGAAAGGCCUUUCAUCUGAUGGGAAGCAGUCAGCAGUUGAGCUGGAUGCUGUGUUACAGCACCAUCAGGAGAUGCAGGAGAAGUUAGCUGAAGAAAUGCUAAGUUUGGCUCGCAGUCUGAAAAACAACACUCUGGCUGCACAGAACGUGAUAAAACAAGAUAACCAGACACUGUCACAUUCCCUGAGGAUGGCAGACCAGAACUUUGAGAAGCUCAGGGAUGAAUCUGACCGCCUUGAACAGCAUGCAAAGAAAUCAGUCAACUGGCUGUUAUGGAUAAUGUUAAUUGUAGUUUGUUUUAUAUUCAUCAGCAUGAUUCUCUUUAUCAGAAUUUUCCCCAAACUAAAAUGAUUUUUAGCAGGUGUGGUGACUGUCAGCAAUCAAUUUCUUUGCCACCUAUCAUGCCCUUAAAGAGGCUGCCUGCAGCCUCCCCUUGCAUCUCAUUCUUGUGGGAUCACUGCAUUCAGUGCAGGGUUUCAUGGGGAAGGCUUUCUCCACUUGGAGAAAGUAUCCAUUUGGAUACUGGGUUACUUUUUUCACUUAGUGAAUAUUGUUUAUAGAGGGGAGAACUGGGAUAAAGAUAUAUACCAUGGAGUUGCUAACAAGUUACUUAGUGGAUAGAUACAGUUCUGCUAUUAAUGACUCCUAAAAGGUGUUAAUUCAAUAUAAAUACAACUGUUGAAGUCUUACAAUUUUUCCUGUCUUUACAGCUUUACUGUACUGAAGUAGGACCUUGCUGCCAACAGGAUAUUUAAUUACAAAGAUCUGUGCAUAUGCAGCUGUAGGGUGUAGAAAGAGAAUGCUGCCAUUGAGGUGCUUGCCUGGCUCAGAUUCAGAAUAUCAACAGGUAAAACUAUUCUCGGGCUCACCUUGUUCCCUGAUGGGUAUUUGGGCCUUUGGACUUGGCAAUAUUCCACAGUUUGGACUUAUAAAAAGGCUGAAGUUGUUUGCUCUUGCAGUGUUUGCUUCCCUUUUUGUAUGCAUAAUUGUUCUCACUCAUUGUCUUUCUGUUGAUGCUGUUGUGUCAAGAAAACACUGUGACCCUGGCAUGGCAGAACUGUACACACAGAGCUCUCUGUAUGGUAGAGACCUCACCUGAAUAAACAUUUUUUUUCACUGUUAUAUGAGGGCAAAGCAAAGUGGUGUCUGUCUUCAAGGCAGAAAUAAUAAUAAUUUUAA